CAAUAUUUAUAAGGACUCAUACAAAUCGCGCCCCCUAGCGCCAUCACUAGUCGCCUAACUCACUAGUCGUCUAACAAUACAAAACACCAUGGGCUUUGGAGGCGUUGUCCUCCGCUUCUUCAACCUGGCCAUCCGGGUCCUGCAAUUCCUCGAUUCUGCAGUCAUACUAGGAAUCUACUCCUACUUUCUAGCCAGACUCGCUCAAAAUGACCAGCAAAUCCCCACGUGGAUGAAAGCCGUCGAGGGUCUCUCAGGAGCAGCGACCCUCUAUGCCCUCUUGGGAUCCCUGUUCACUUGCUGCCUGGGCGGAGUAGCAUUUUUUGCGGCUGUGGCUAUUCUCCUCGAUGUGUGCUUUGUCGGGGCCAUGAUCGCCAUCGCAGUGAUGACGCGCGAUGGUACAAACCAGUGCUCCGGGACGGUAAGCACUCCACUUGGCACUGGUCGCGACAAUGAAGACUCCCCGGCUGGGGUGGGUUAUGAGUACGCUUGCAUGUUGGAGAAGGUCGUUUUCGCAGUUUCAAUCAUUGGAGUCUUCUUCUUCCUCAUCUCCAUCCUCUUCCAGUUCCUUCUCGGCCGUCACCACAGACGCGAGAAGCGCUUCGGUCCUUCGCCCGCCAACGGUUACACCUACGGCACUCAGCGUCGAGGCUUCUGGCGUCGCAACAAGGCUGCCCCCGAGCAGGUUAACGGAGACAACAUGCUCCCCGAACACCCUACCCCUCACGAUGUCGAGACUGGCCCUGCUGGUGGUGCUGCGCCCGGCGAGAAACAGGGUUGGUUCAAUCGUUUUGGUCGCCGAAAUGAGCCUGAGCAUCUCCCUACAGCCGCUCCGGGCUACGGUAACUCUGCAUACACCGGCAACUACUAG